AAAUCUUCCUGAUAUCAUCGAGAAGUCAGACUCGGUACGGCUUAUGGUGUCAGUGGCCCUGAUAACACAACAACAAGGAAGAGAGAAGAAGAGGGAAGGUUGUUGUCUUGCAAUAUUCUGCAGCAGUUUUGUUAGAACAUGAAGGACAAAGUACAAACAGUCUGUGGCUUGGUGGAUCCUGACUCUCUGGGUCAGACCCUGACUCAUGAGCAUCUCUUCUUGGAUUUUGAUAUUGCUUUUACCCCAGCCAAGCCAGAGGAGAAACACAUGGAGGAUUGCAAGUUUACUAUGGAAAACUUGGGAUGGAUCAGGCAAAACCCGUACAGCCACAAAUCAAAUAUAAAGUUCACUCAACCUGAAGUAAAGCUGGCAGUGGUGAAGGAAAUGGAAGAGUUUAAGAAACUUGGUGGUGGCACUAUUGUGGAGAACAGUACUUGUGGACUUAACAGAAAUGUUUCCUUUAUGCAUGAACUUAGUCUCCAGCAUGGAAUUAACAUUAUAGCUGGAACAGGUUACUAUGUGAUGGCAUCUCAGAAGAAAGAGACCCUAGCAAUGUCAGUAGAGAACAUGGUGAAUGCUAUGACAAUGGAAUUGACAUUUGGAUGUGGGGAUACUCCAAACAUAAAAUGUGGCAUCAUUGGUGAAAUUGGUUGUUCAUGGCCUUUGCAUGAUUUUGAACGUCGGGCUGUCCAAGCAUCAGGAGAGACACAGGAAUUUGCUGGGUGCCCUGUGAUGUUUCAUCCUGGUCGGUACCAUGGUGCUCCUGAAGAAAUUUUCCAUAUUUAUACAGAAGCCGGUGGAGAUCCCAAGAAGAUGGUGAUGGGUCACCUUGAUAGAACCUUCCAUACAUUAGAUGGUUUGGUGGAGUAUGCAUCACUUGGCACCUACUGCGAGUAUGACUUGUUUGGGAUAGAGACUUCUCAUUACCAGCUUAACACAAGUGUUGACAUGCCCUCUGAUGCACAAAGAAUUGAACGCAUAAAGCACUUGGUUGACAAUGGCUUUGAAGAUAAAAUUCUCAUAGCUCAUGACAUUCACACCUUGCACCGUUUGGCUCUACAAACAAAUCUAUGGCAUGGGAAGGUGGUCCCCCAUCAGUGCCAACUUGUACAUGGAACACCUAGAGGCUGAACACUUUGCCAUCAUCAUCCCCUCAAGCAUCACUUGGUUGCUUUACAUGGACAACGUCCAUGUAAUAACUCCCAAAAGUUUUGACGUACGAAAUCUUCGGGCAAGGCUUAACGCAGUUGAACCAGCGAUCCAGUUUACACUAGAAGGAGAGUCCAGUGACAAGCUACCUUUACCAGAUGUCUUUAUCCACAAAGUAGAUAACAAUAAGAUUUCAAGUUUACUGGAAACCUACAAAUAAAAAUGAUCUCGCACGCUUCUAUUCCAGUCAAGAUACUAAAACCAGAAGAGGCAUUAUCAUUGGAUUUUUCCUAAGAGCAUACCGAAUUUGUAGUCCUGAGUUUUUUGAUGAGGAAUGUACAUACAUUCACCAAACCUUCACCGAUUUACGUUUUCCUUCCUUUUUCAUUAAAGACUGCAAGAAACAAGCUCUUCAGAUCAUUAAUUCCCCACUCACCAACACCACUCCUAACAAAGUUAUAACGCUUCCCAACAACCAGGUUGCAUUGAACGUUUUUAAAGUACUAGCACAAGCUAACACUAGCAUUGCCAUCGCAUCCAGCACUUCAAUAAAGGAUCUAACUAGGACAAAAUCCAAGCACCAUGAACCAGGGGUUCAUGGUGCAGAGGUUUACACUUUACCCUGUGGAGGCUGUGACAGGAUUUAUGUAGGUGAAACAGCAAGGAACCUUGAAACAUGCCUCAAUGAACACAAUGCAUGUAGGAAUGAUAACUUGAACAUCACCUGUGUACAACACCGAAAUUCCACCAAUCAUCUCAUGAAAUUCAGGGACACCUAAUUAGUGAUCAAAGAACCUAAUUUCUGCAGACGCAAGUGCCUUGAAUCAGCAUUAAUCACUGUGUCUGACACAAACAAAACAAAGGCAGCUUCAUCAUCUCUGAGGUCUUAGUGAGAAUCCUCCUGAAAACAGUAAACCCUGCCAUCACAUAGUCUGUUGCUAGGGUUGGUGUCACCCCCAUGAAAUCCAGGGGCGGGGGGAUGGGGGGAGUAAACUCCAGUCACAUCACUACUGCAUGACCAGUGACUAAUGUUUAGCAGUGAGAAUGUUUAAGGGCCAUAAACUAAACAGGAGAAUACUUCUCAACUUUAUUAAUAAAAUAAAUAAUCGUAGUAAUAUUGAGGAAACAAACUCAAAUACCAAUUUGAGUACAGGCAAUAGAUCCUACAUUUAUUCGUCUUCAACAGUGCCAAAAAAAUGAAACUUGAAAAAUAAAGAAAAAAGUUGCAAUAUCAGAGAAACACUGGUUUUGAUUUGACCUUGAGUACAGGUAACAUCUCAAUGAAUCAGAUCUUACAUUUCCUUUCCUUCAAUCCUGCAAAAUCAUCAAUCAAUGCUGUCAACUGACCCAUUUUCUAUGGAUAACAUUGCUAAGUCAGAUAUUCUGGAUUGACUCAUUGUAGACCGUAAAUAGUUUUUAAUCAGCUUCAACUUCAAGAAACUCCUUUCACAAGAAGCCACAGAAACACAUAGUAAGGAACAACCUCAGGCAGAGUGUCAGAGUUGAAAGAUUCAAUGAAAUCUCAUUCAGCUAUGAAUGUUAGUGCAUCCAAUGCGGUCCAGUGCUUAACUUUUUCAAGAUCAACAUCAGCAGCUUGCAGGUAUCUCCUUAGUCUUGGUAUUUCAAGCAUGAGCUCAUUCUUGCAUACUUCAUUAUAGAACACAGUGUCUUGAAGCCAUCACCUCCAAUUCUUCUUCAGAAUGACCCUGAACAUGGCUACCACAGUUUGAUCGCAUCUCUUGUUCAUUAUGAAAAUGAUCAGUGCACUUCAACAUCACCCUCUUGUAUGGGUGUCUCAUGGAAUGACACCCUAUUCCUCUCUGAGGUUUUCCAGGUCCCUAUUUUGGUUCUUAUGGAUUGCCCGGUUUACCUCCAAUGAUCCUACCGCUCUUACUUCAUCUUACCUUACAGAUGGCCCUGCCUUUGACUUACAAUCACUUUUUGACUUUUUGUCAGCGACUGUUUUACUAUACGAAUUUUGACACAUCCCUUAGUGUCCCCUCCAGCCCUUCUCUCCCCUCACCUCUGAUACCCUCUCCACCUAGCUGUGUAUAGCCCCGGCGCUAUUUUCUGCCCCACAGCAUUGUAUAACCCAUGUCAGUUUAGCGCUUUCUUUGAUAAUAAUAAUGUUCUUAGUACUUAAAGUUUGCAACACGAAUGUUUGUAUGGAGGGGAAUCUGCGCCAAAAACAAAAUUUUGCUUCACGCAGUGCAUAAGUGGUUUUCAUAGUUUAUUGGCCAUUUUUUUGUGUCAGUUAAUAGAACAGAAAAUGUACUUGUGAAAUGGAGAUGGUUUUGGACUAGAUGUCUGUUAUUGUGAUCAAAACUAAGCACUAAACCCACAAGGGUCAUACAGUGCUGAGAAGUGGCCUAAAAUAGGUCUCUUGCUGAAAUUGGAUUUUUUGGCAUUUUUCCUGAGGAAGGGUAGGGGGGUCUCCUCCAUGGGAUUUUUCUAGGUUUGUUUCAAUUUAUUGUGAUGGCCUAAACCAUUACCAGUCAUUCUUGGUUAUAUUUAUUAGCUGAGAAAUAUGGUAAAUUUUUUUUUUUUUUUUGUUUUUGCAUGAUAAAUUCAAAAUAGAGGGCAAGUGUUAUAUAGGAGGGGUCUGGAGAUUUGAUUAACAGAGGAAAGGCUGCUUUAAUAGCUGGAUUGAUUAGCAUUUUUAAAUUGAAAUUUGUUGAAUUGUGUAGUUUACUUUAUAGGAUAGUGUUGAUAGUGCAAGAGGCAGUUUCUUGCACUGUGGAUAUUAUUAUUAUUAUAAUCAAAAAGAAGCGCUAAGCCACAAGGGCUAUACAGCGCUGCAGGGCAGGAAGCGAGGGCAUCAGGUGGAUGAGUAAUAGGUUAUGGAUAACAGCAGAGCAGUGGAUGGUGAAAGGGUAAAGGGCAGCAAGAGACUGAGCUAGAAAGGGCUGAGGGGAGUGCGUAAGGUAUCAUCAGAGUUUGUGGAGUAAAUCAGUCGUUGUCAAGAAGUCAAUGAGAGAGUCAGGAUUAAAGGAGGGUCAGAAGGGAAGGUGCACUGUGGAUAGAACAGAGGCAUAUUAGCUAAAUAGCCAUUAAUUUUGAUGGUUUGAUCAAUUUGAUUUGGCUUAAAAUAGGCCUCAAAGUUGGUGAAAUUGCAGUUGAGUAGAGCGCUUCUUAACCUUCAACUUUGCAUCUGUGGAAUUCCUCAAGUUUUGCAUUUUUGGCAUCAUCACUGUUAGAAAAAAUUAUUUUAAGAUUUUUUUUUUUUAAAAAUUAAGACACUGAUGGGCAUUGAUGUCUUAGAUGUGAUUUUAUUGAUGUUGCACAUAUGGCAAGAGUUGUGUAGGAGGAAAAUUACUGUUCUGCUCCUUUAUGGGUGGUAAUUUUUACUACAGGUCGGCCAUCACUAAUCCAGCAUCAUUUGGACCUGUAGUGUGCCGGAUUACAGACUGGUUAGGUUAGAAUACACCUACCACUC